AUGCGGUUCAUGAAAGCUGUUGCCUUUGCUUUUGAGCUUUUGUCCGCUGUCAACGCUGCGCGAUUGCUUGAUGUUGCCAAUAAAAACGACAUCGUUCCCGAUUCUUACAUAGUUGUGCUCAAAAAAUCCGUCUCAAGCCUCGAUUUUGACUCUCACCUCGCUUGGGCCGCGAAUAUACACCAUGAGAACCUUUCUAAACGGGGAUCUAUGACCGCUGGUGGUUUAAGACACGUUUACAGAAUCAAUGGUUGGUAUGGGUACAGCGGUUCUUUUGACAGAGAAACACUCGGCGCGAUCCUUGAAAAUGAUGAUGUUGAUUAUGUUGAGCCUGAUCGCCACGUGUCGCUGAACGCUCUAGUAACUCAGCCGAAUGCCCCGUCUUGGGGACUUGGGAGGAUUUCGCACCGACAGAGAGGCAGUCCGGAUUUUGUUUAUGAUGAUACAGCCGGUCAGGGGAUCACCUUUUAUGGUGUUGACACUGGGAUCGAUAUUCGGCAUCCUGAUUUUGGUGGCCGUGCUGUUUGGGGAACCAAUACGGCAGGCGGCUCAAAUACUGAUGGCCAUGGCCAUGGAACCCACACAGCUGGAACUGUUGCCGGUGCUACAUAUGGCAUUGCUAAGAAGGCGCGGAUUGUUGCUGUGAAAGUUUUGAACGAUCGAGGUGCUGGCCAAUGGAGUGGUAUCAUUGGGGGAAUGAAUUGGGCUGUUAAUCAUGCACGCCAAAAUCGUGUGCUUGGAAAGGCCGUGAUGAAUAUGUCCCUGGGAGGUGGACUAUCCUCGGCAGUCAAUCAAGCAGCUACAAAUACACAAAAUGCUGGCAUAUUUUUGGCAGUUGCCGCUGGAAAUGACAAUAGGGAUGCUGCGAAUACCUCACCCGCUUCUGCCCAAGGGGUUUGUACUGUCGCAGCUUCCACCGAGCAAGACAGCAAAGCUUCUUUCUCUAACUGGGGCCGGACAGUUGAAAUUUAUGCGCCUGGCACAAACAUUAUCUCCACUAUGCCCGGGGGCAGGGCCGGGAGAAUGUCCGGAACCUCAAUGGCUGCCCCCCAUGUCGCUGGCGCUGGUGCCGCCCUCAUGGCCAUGGAGGGAACUCGCGCCUCUGAUGUUUGCUCCCGUCUGAUACAGUUGGCCCAGGGGCGAAUCAGCAACCCCGGAACCGGUACAACCAACAAGCUGCUUUACAACGGCAGUGGACGUUGA